UUCUGAAUUUCUUUUCUAAAAUCUAAUUGGUUGGAACAUUCUGUGCUACUUGUACAGCAACCGGCUAUCAUUUUGUUAUACUGAUACUGUUUUUUUUUGCAUCGGAGCAAGGUUACGAUUGCAGAGAUGACUUUUUUGUAUUCAAAAACCUUCUAGAAUCGGAGGAUUUCUUUGGGAACAUGUCAUCUACUAUAGGAAACCUGGUCAUCUUUCGAAUUGGAUCAUUAUUCAAAAAAUUUUAUUGGCAAAUUUUAGAGAAUUAAUUUUAUAUUAACAAAAAUUUUGAGAUGUCUCAUACCCAAGCAUUCCGUGGGCUCUACGUGAAUAUCAACGAUGGAAACUUACCCGCCUCUGUCUCAGGUCAGGCGAAGCGCAGAGUUACAAAUGUGGGCACUGCAACUUCAUCACCCGUGAAUUGCUCCUCCGAUUCUUCUGUUAUCUCUGUGGAUUCCCCUCAGAACCAGUACACGUCUCUUCGGAAAGAAAACGGAAAGCUAGUAAGUCGUGAUGGGCAGGAGUUACGUCACGUGGCCUCGCUGUACAAGAUCAAUCAGAAAAACAAGGAGAUGGAAAUAAAAAGGGAAGCCGAAAAGCAACUAUCUGAAAACUUAGGAAAUGUAAAUGAACAUGUCAUAGUUAAUUCCCAAGUCGAACAAGCCAAAACUCACAAAGCAGAGCCUGAAACUCAGAUAAACGGACUUUCUUCUGUGAUGGCGACAGCUUUAGUUCCCGAAACUUUGGACGCCCCUGAUGCUGAGACAUUGCCAAUCGAAAAUGAUCAGAGCAAAAAUAGAACUACUAAUCCAUUUAUCCGACAAAGGAAGAGUUCUUUUACGAUUAAUCGUGGAAGAUCGCGACGAGACGAAAGCGUACAGACUGUUCCAGACGACUCAGACGAUUCUACAUGUGCGGGCGAAGUCAAAGUCUCGGCGCCGAGGCUAACGAAAGGUCCGACAACUCGUUCCCGAGCGAGAAGUAAACUCGUCAUGCAGACAUCGUCUCCUUACUGUUCCAGCGACACGAGAGAAGUUUCUGUUUCGCCUGUGUCGGUUCGCUCAGGGGGUUUCCAGUUGCCGACUGUGGAGUUGUCCCGAAUGAAAGUUACAUCAUCGGAAGCCAGUGACGACUCACAUAUUGUUGCCGACUCGACCUCUAGAGUAUCGCAGACGCCUCUUAAGCAACGAACGCUGAAACAGUUACGCGAAGAGUUACCAAAGUUUAAUCUUGCCAACGUGGAGUCAUUUCUGACUUCCAAAUUGGAAGAGUUGGAAUAUCGGCAGACAGUUAUAGAACAAAGUUUGCAAGAAAUAUCCAGAGAGAAGGAAAAGGCUGCUGUCCAUUUAGGUUUUACCAAGGAUAUUAAGAAACGACUGCAAAAAUCGAGCGUAAACCGAAUUUUUGCAAGAAAAACAGACGAUAUAACGCAAAAGGCCUUUGAAUGGCGAGAUUACAUGGUUGAAUGUGGUGACAUUGAGACCCUUGCGACCAGAAAUGACAAAAUUUCGAAACUUCUCAAAAAUAUGAACCUGGUUUUCGCAGAGAACGAAAUUCAAAAGUGGAAAACGGGGAAUGUUUUGCAUGAGUUUGAACAGCUCAAUACUACUAAUUUGAGCAAUGUUGUCAGUAUUUUCGGGUUUAUGUGGCAGAUCGUCUUAAGAGUCAAAGUUCAAGAUCAGAACAUCGCCCUAUCGGUUUGCUUGCUUUGCCUGGGACCUGAGCUUCGAAGUCAAUCAAAUACUUCCUAUCAUCUGGAAUGCACUGGAAAAGUGGACAUCAAGUUUCAGAUUCCCUCAGUUUUAAAGGAAGCCUCAGAAACUUUUAGAUACACUGAUUUGCUCAAAAUGAAAUUCGCUGGCAGACCUUUUGCCAAAGAAAUUUUGGUCACCAGUCUUAAUACUUUCAGAGACAAUUUUGACAUAACUUCGUGUCAUUCGAGCUGGUCGAAAAUUGCGUGCAAUAUUUCCAUGAGAGAACCGCAGCCAAUAGUUAACUAACAUUGAUAUAUAUUUGAUUCCAAUUUUCUCGAGACUGAUAAAAAAUGGUAAA